CCUUGACUUGACCCAAUUGUGUUUGUUGACUUUGAAUAUCCUGUCUUGCUUAAUCCCCCCUCGCUUUCUUCUCUAGAGUAUAACCUCGACUUCAGAUCUCUCUCUCUGUCUUGGCUGGCAUGGAAACUGGAAACAAUGCUCGCUCCGCGGCAUCUGAGAAUCCCACUCCGGCAUUUUCAUCGCUGGAGAAACGCCAGAAAAAUAAAUUCUCUCUGAAAUUUGCAAUUUUAGCUUCCACAGUUUCGCUUUUACUUGGUUACAAUAUUGGGGCAAUGAUCGGAGGAGACCCUUUCAUCGUAUAUAAUCUUAACUUAAGCAAUACACAAGCAGAUAUCCUAAUCAUAAUUAUAAACCUCUUCGCUGCAAUCGGUUCCGUAGCCGCAGGAAGAACAUCUGACUGGAUUGGACGUCGUUUCACGUUCACCAUCUCCGCCGUGAUCUUGUUCAUAGGUUCUAUUAUCUUGGCUUUUGCUCAAAAUUACGCCACUCUUUUGGUGGGUCGAUCCGUCGCCGGUAUUGGCGUCGGCUACGCACUCAUGGUUGCUCCCGUUUACACCGUUGAGAUCUCACCUGCUUUGUCCAGAGGCUUCUUAACAUCGUUCCCUGAAUUCUUCACCAACGUCGGAAUCUUUCUGGCUUACAUCUGCAUCUACUUCGUCUCUAGACUCUCCGACGAACUCAGUUGGCGUCUCAUGCUCGGACUUGGAGCGAUUCCGUCAAUCAUCUUGGCCUUCAGCUUUCUCCGCCUGCCCGAGUCACCGCGUUGGCUCGUCAUGCAAGGCCGACUGAGUGAGGCCAAAAAUGUACUCGUCAAGAUCUAUGAUUCCGAGGAAGAAGCUGUUUUACGACUCAUCGAGAUCAAGCCAGAAGCCGGAAUAACGGAGAACUACACCGAAGACGAGAUCGCUGCAGCUGUCGGACAGAAACGCAGCAACGGCGGAGGUGUCUGGAAGGAGCUUUUCCUCCACCCGUCACCGUCGAUUCGUCGAAUUUUGAUCGCAUCCGUCGGUGUACUCUUCUUGCAGCAAGCCUCCGGCAUAGAUGCCGUAGCGUUAUACACCCCACAAAUUAUCCAGAGGGUCGGUUUAGAAAUUCCAGAAAUAUUAGGUGGAAGGGGGGCCGUCGGAUUCUGCAAGACUUGCUUCGUCUUGAUAUCUGCUUUUCUGGCGGACAGAAUCGGACGGCGACGGUUGCUUCUGACUAGCGUUGCCGGUAUGGUCGUGUCACUCUUGGGGCUUGGUGUGGGGCUAAAGGUGGCUGAACAUUAUCCGGAUAAGCCGUUGCCGUGGGCCAUCGCUCUGUGUAUCGCUACGGUAUUAUCCUACGCUGGGUUUUUCUCGAUUGGGCUGGGGCCCACUUCGUGGGUGUAUUGCUCGGAGGCCUUUCCGUUGAGGCUACGGGCUGAAGGAGUGAGCGUGGCAGCUGCGGUAAAUCGCGCUACGAGUGCAGCGAUCAUGGGGACGUUCAGACCAUUGAGCAAUGGCAUCACAACCGGUGGGACAAUUUUUGUAUACGCGGGAAUAGCAUCAGCUGGAUGGGUGUUCCUUUAUAUCAUGCUUUCGGAUACCCAGGGAAAAAGGCUGGAGGAGCUGGGAGCGGUGUUUCGCAAGGCGGAUGAGCCAGUUAUCGAUGCGCAUCACAACCGUAGAGAAAGGAAUAUUAACGGCCAGAUUGGCAAAUAGAGGUAAACAAGUGUUAAAGCAAAUAUCUCGGAAAAUUGUAAAUCGUUUAGGGUUGCACACAAGUGACCAAAGAUUUGUUGUAUCUUUCAGGAUUAAAGAAAAAAAGAUAAUAUCAA